AUGAAGACCACAGUACGCGUAUCUCUGCAAGCGCUUCUGCUAGUGAUUUCUUUAGUCGCUGCCGACUAUAACUCUGCAGAGAUAUGUUCUUGGGACAGACCAAGAGUUGGUUUGAUCAGGACUGAUAUCUAUCUAGAAGGGGGUACAUUAGCACUACCCAAAGAUGGAAAUUGCAAGAGUCCUUCAACUGCAGAACCACUCACUGGGUUGCUGUUCAAACUCGAUCUGUCCGCUCCAUUUGACAUCUCGAAUGGUAACACCCCAGCUAUAUUCCAUUCCAUUGCUGAGGGAACGAUGAGCAAUUUCUUCUUCGACGGUGCAUUAUUCUAUGACUAUGAUGAACUUUACGCAUGGGGUGGCACGCCACACACUAUCGGGGAUACGACUUGGCCAUUCACUCUGAGCUACCCUUUGUAUGAGGCCACUGACGGUUCAAACAAUUCGCUUACCCCAAUCACGAAUUAUGCUCCCGAAGAUCGAAAUUUUCGUCCUCGUACGAAUGGUGCGGGAAUAAGCGUCCCCUCUGAAGACCUCGGAUUCUACUUCGGUGGCAUGUACAACGACAAUGGUGCAGUAUUUACCCAGACGAACCCACCAACGAAUCGAUCCACGCAGCUCAUUGUUGUUUCAACGGUCAACCAAGGCCGCGCAUCUUGGCAGGAGCAUAUCCCAGAUCCAAACGGCAUAAUCCCGCCAUGGAGAGCAGAUGCUGGUCUUGUUUGGCUGCCAACGUCAGCCCAAGGUAUACUUGUCGUCAUUGGUGGUACAACAACGCCAACAGAUAUAGGUGGUGAUGCGAGUAAGGGAAACGCCACGACUUCGCACGAUUUUCUCAAACAGUUCUCCAUAUAUGAUAUAUUUACUCAAAAAUGGGCAAUUCAAUCUCUGGACUCCAACUCUGGAUUCCCGAAUACUGCGCUGGCACAGUUCUGCACCGCGGUAGCAUCUAAUGAGAACGGGACUGAGCACGAUAUAUUUGUAUAUGGAGGUUGGGAUGGGAACUCAAGCUUGCCAAACAGUGAUGUUUGGGUUUUGAGUGUUCCCUCAUUUACUUGGAGCAAAGCGGACAGCGGUAAGCGAGCCGGUGUUGCAAGACAGGGCCAUACCUGCACCUCUCCCUACCCCGACUCCAUGCUUGUUGUUGGCGGCACGGCGGAGUAUGGACUUCCAUUCGACAUCAACCAAGCUGUUGAUGUCUACGACUUGAACGAGCUCCAAUGGACCGGUACUUAUGAUCCAUACCCCGAGAAACAUCAACAGUACCAACGUAACUCACUCAUUCAAGAUGUUGUCUCUAAAAGGCCAGUUGCAGAUUCUAUUGACCCACUUGUGGCUGGGUGGUUCAACCAGACUUAUCAGAUGGACAAGAUUAAAACCUACCCUUACAAUGUCUCGCGACCUACAACAGCUGGCAAUCCUCCACCUCCAGCGAACUCCACCCUUCCAGUCCUUCCGACGGAGGGCCAUCAUAAAAACAGAGACUGGGUUGUGCCCGUCGCGGCAGCAGUCCCCAGCGCGUCUGUUGUGCUCAUCAUCGGACUUGCGAUCCUACUCUGGCGCCGCAAGAGGAGACUCGAGUCUGAAGAUGUCAAUUCAAACGCGCAAAACAGGCCAAAGAGCCGGAUUGUGCCCUGGAUAUGGGCGACACACCAGUCACAUAAAGAAGUAGGAUCAGACACAAUGACAGAGGUUGAACAGGCCCCACCAAAGUCCCCGGAGCCUUUGUCCCCAGGACUUCAGGAGCUCGCUGAUACACAGAAGAGGGGCUACUUCGCAUCCGUCCUGUCGAACGACAGCAGUCAUCACCGUUGGUCUUCAACAACUCCAGCGAGAUCCCCCCUGAACUACGACAUUCAUCAAGAAGUGGAGGUCCCAGACAACCCUGUACACGAGAUCGAAGGUGAACAACGACCGCUUCCAACUGAUCAAGUGAACUAUGAUAUCAGAAAUCAACCCAUGUAUCCACCGACCAUCGUGAGUGGUGGAAAUCAUGCUUUCUCAACCACUGGGUCGCAGUCAUCUCCCGAAGACUGGCAACAUUCGGGGCCACUAGGAGGCAGUCUUGCUCCUGCUCCAACAUCACCACGAGGCAUUGCGAUUUACCCAGAAGGUGAAUAUGCUCAUCCCGACGGCUUGGGUCCACUCGACGUAUCGCCUCUAGUGGAUAGGCCGAAUCAAAGGCCAAGACACCGACGACACAAUUCCAGCGUGAGUAGCGGCAUGUCGUUGCCAUCCCCUGGCGAACAAUCACCCCAGUCGAUGCCAAGAACUACCAGAAGCCUCUCAGGCGACCAUAACGUUACCACCACACCUAGCGUUCAAGAUGACGACAUCCAACGAGCAAAUCAAACGUACUAA